AUGUCGUUGAUUGACCGUUUAAACAAGAUUGCUAAGCAGCAACAACAGAUUCUGUUACCUGCUUCAAAAGGUACAAUUUUAACAGGUGAAUAUAUUACCGGUGACGAAAAACAAUGGGACAACUUAAUUGAUGACUUAAAAAGAAUCGAAGAUGAUUCAGAUAGAGAGCAAUGGUUAAGGACAUUUUUCAUCGAAUUGUUCCAAAUAUUGUUUGCGGCAACAUCCACUCUAACAUUAUCAAUUAAAACAAUUGCUCUCUUCAUUAAUGAUUUAACAAAGAUUCUACCAACACGUUCUCAUCUCUCUAUGUCAUCAAUGGUAGGGAAAUCUUUUAUCGCCGCAAUGAGCUGUGUUCCAGAAGCCGCUACUCAUGAGGAUAUGCUGAUUGAACUAGUUACAAAGACUACUAGGAUCCAUUCUGAAGUCUUUAAAUUCAGUUGGUUAUCAUCGAAAUUAACUAACCGCGCUCAAACACAAUUAUUGAGACAUCUACUGAAGAAAUCUAAAUAUGAGAUUACUAAGUUCAAUUUACUAGCCGAAAGUUCCGUUGGGUUCUCUGAAUUGGUGAUGUUAUAUUUAACCGCUUAUAACGACGAAAAUAAGAUGCAGAAGGUUAAAUGGUAUAUUCAAGAGGCUAAUUUUAUAUGCGGGAAAUACGCAUUGGACUCUGCAAGGUGUCUAGAUAUUUUUCUUUCAGUUUCUUCGACCUACAUUGUUAACCAUUAUAAAUUUCUAAUUGAAUAUUUGAACCAAUCAAGUCUUAUUAGCCACAACGGACUUGACAUUACAUUAAGUCAGAUCGUUUGUUUCAACUUAGAUAAAUGUGACAAAGAUUCAGUAGCGACAUAUGCUGAUAUGUGUGCAAUUAUGAUAAAGGCCAAAUUAUUAGAUGGUCAGUUAUUGUAUCACAACAUUCAACCAACAAUAGAUGCCCUUCAAAAGAUGAUCUCUGAUGAAGAAGACAUGUUAGAAAGAGAAUCCAUGAAGGGAAUUGAUAACCCUUUGGCAAUGGCUGCAGCAUUAACAACAGAUGAAGAUGACGAUUUUGGUGACCGUAGAAACAGAAAACCAGGCAAACCUGCAAAUAAUGAAGAUAAUACAGAUACGGUAACUAAAGAUACGGGAAUAGUAGAAGAUAUGGAACGCAGUUCAUCGAUUCCAAGAAAAAUUGUUUUAUUAAAAAGUUUAUUGUCCCAUGGUUGUGUGGAAGAUGCCUUCUUAAUUGUAAACCGUUAUCCAAAAUGUGUUCUACUUGAUAACGAAAUACCUACUUUAGUUACUAGAAUAUUUGAGUAUAUCAUUCGUGAUAUAUACAGCUCAACUGUCUUACAACCUUCUAAAGAAUUAGCAGCACCUCAAAAAUUAAUGACAGAGAAUGAACAGUCCUUAUCAACAAAACCAAGAUUGAUAACUGAAAAUCUGUCACACAAUGUCGAUACUACAUUAUCUUUAAACAGCAAAAAUAUCUUCUAUUUCCAGGAAUGGUGUGAUGGUAUUGAACAAAUUUCUAAUAUAGAUGAACUUUUCGAAAAAUCGCAUCUCUUAUUCUCUUUAAUUGGCUUUGAAAUAGCCAAAAGUGGAUCUUUAUUGUGCCAAAUUUGUCGUAUCGCUAUUCAUGAUAUAGAAAAGUACUCAGUGGAUGAUACUAGUAAAUUAGACGAAUGGGUGAAUUAUUUCAGAAAGUUUAUCUUUCCAGCAGUACCAUUAUUAGGUAUUAACCCUACUGCAUCUAACCAAAUUUAUUGUGUUAUGAAAUUAUUCCCGUUCGAGAAAAGAUAUAUUAUGUACAAUGAAAUGAUCACUAAACUAUCUCAAGAUAUUUUACCAUUACGUAUGGCUAGCAAUAAGGCAGAAAGAGAUCUUCGUAGUAUCCUAAAGGCGCUAAGUAUUGAUACUAUCAGUAAAGAAGCUAGAAAAUUGUCCAAUUUAGUUUCUUCUAAUCCUUUGGCAACAUUGAUUCCAGUAGUAAAACAAAUUGAAAAUUAUGAUAAAGUAUCUGACCUCGUUGUACAUUCCACAAGGUAUUAUAAUGAUUUUGCUUAUGAUGUAUUACAAUAUGUCCUAUUAUUACGUUUAACUCAAUCUCGUUCUGCAUUGCAGGAGGAUGGCAUAAAUGAAUCGAUGUGGGCCCAAAGACUUUCUAUUUUCAUUGCUGGUCUUUCAAGCGAAUGUCCUGAAAUGGAUAUUUCCAAUAUUAUUGUAUUUGUAAUCAAAAAAUUACACGAGGGUAAUGCUAUUGCCACAUCAAUUUUAAAACAAUUAUUAAGCAAAGUUGCUGGUAUAAGAGAUUUAAAUGAAGUUAAUAAUAAUAGUAUAAUAAUGUUAAAUUCAGGUGAGCCAUUAAGACAAGAAGCUAGAAAACUCAUUUUUGACUUUAGAGAUUCCCAUAAGGAAAGAUCUUCUAAAUUAGUUUCUUUAUUCCAAAAGGAGCAUUCGAUUACAGAGAUAAUCAUUUUAUUAUACAAUUUGAAAUUAAAAACUAAUAUCACUACCGACCAUUAUAAGAUUCUUUCUACUAGAUCAGACGAUUUAAAUACAUUAUUAUGGUCCUUCAUAGAAUUGAUCAAAUUUUGCUUAAGUGAUGAAAAUUUCGCAUCUAACGUUUCGUCAUUUGAAUCAUUACAUGACAUUCACCAUAUUUCGGUAUCAUGGAUAUGCCAUAUUUGGAGAGAUGUUUAUGACAAAAAAGGUCAAAUCAAUAACACUGAUUUGGAGGGUUUAUUAACAAACGUAAAUAUCUCUCAUACUGAAUUUCACAAAAUUGAACGUUCCUUGUUUGUUAAAUUCUGGAGGUUUUCCUUAUAUGAUAUAUAUAUGGAUGAAUCACUUUAUUAUUCAGAAAUAGAAAAAAUGGAAAGAAAAUUAACUGCACAAGAUUUAUCCACAAGAAAGAAGAAAUCACUUCAACAAAAGAAAGAGAGUUUAUUGAGUUCCUUAGAAGUACAAAAAGAAAGAAUUAAGAACAUCCAUGAAUAUUUACAUCCUCUGUACGGUAAAUGGACUGAAAACUCCGACAAGGAUAGUUUAAUGUCAUUUUUGCAAUACUGUAUUAUCCCAAGAGCUAUUUUCUCACCUUCAGAUGCUAUAUUUACCACUCAUUUCAUAUUUUACGGAUUCGAGGUUGAAUAUAUUUUAAAGCUAUUAUCUUCUUUCAUGGAGUCAAACAUUCUGAACACUUUAUUGUUUUCUGCAACUAUAUCUGAAGCAGGUAACCUUGGUAUAUUCUUUGAAACUUUCUUAUUAACAUUGGAGGAGAAGAGAAAAGCUAACAUAUUAUCAGCAAUUCAAAAACGUGAUCUCUAUGACUGUCAUACUUCUAUGAUGGAUCAAAUUGUAGACUUAUUACAAGAGAAAAAUUACAUGUCGAUCAGAAAUGGGAUAGAGUUCAUGAAACAUGUAUCGAAUGUUUUCCCGGUUAUUGAUGAACAGGUUGGAUUAUUAAUUUCUGCAUUAGAGUAUAAUUUGACUAGCGAAGAGAGAGAGGAUAUAAAAUUGCCUACAAAUGCAUUGAUUGGUCAUCUAAAGGCUCGUUUAAGAAAAGAACAACUCCCAUUAAAUAAAUUCUGUGAGUUAAAUGAAGAAGAAAUGAAAUUGAAGGAAGAGCAAGAUUCCGAGAAGGCUGAGAUUGAUAACUAUUUACGUGCUCUUGAGAAUGAAAAGAAAGAAGCUAAUAUAAGAAGAAAAUUAGAAACAAACAAGAAAAAGAGAGAAGCUGGUAUUGAUAGCAGCAAUCCAGAUAACCAGGAUAUAAAUACUGAGAACGAUCUUGAUGAUAUAUAUAGAGAAGAAACGAGAGACUCUCGUCCAAGGGAAGUAAAUUGGCCACUGGGUAAGGUGUUCAGAUCUAUGUCAGAAACGAUAUAUCACCUGAAGAUGAAUAAUAUUAAAGAUGUGAUUAAUACAAUAAAGGAUGAAAAAUUGUCCAGUACUAUUACACGUUGUAUGGAAUCAGCAAUGCCUGAAGACGAAUUCAGAGAUACUGUUUAUAACACAAUCAAGGAUUUUUACAAAUCACUAAUUCGUUAUGAGAAUAAUCCAGAUUUUGUUGACCGUCUGACUGAAGUAAGAGAGGCAUGUAAUUUACUCUCCCAGAAACAGCCAGAAACUAUUGCUGACAUGUAUGCAGAAGAUUCUGAAAGAACCACACCGAGUGCAAGUAGGUAUAAUAAUACUGGUUUGGUUGCAAAAUCCAGUGUAUUAAGACCGAAUGUUGCCAGUAAACCUUCCAGGGAUUCUUAUACUACCAACAGAAAUGACACGAAGCCUACUGGAAGAGAUGAUGCUCGUUUUAACAGAAGCGGUGAUAGAUAUAAAAAAAUUGAGAAAGCUCAUUCUAAUAGUAAACAAAACGUUUAUCAAAACCGCCAACACUCCACUGGACCUGAAAGACAACAAAGCUACAAUAGAAAUAGCAAUACAGAAAGCUCCUCCAGGGGCGUCAAGAGAGAACUUCCUACUGGACCAGAAGGUUCAUCAACUAAUAAAAAACCUAGAAAUGAUACUGGCAAUUUCAAAAAGAAUGCAAGAUAUGCUCCUAAAUCACAGGAAGAGCAAUUCUAUCAAAAAGACUCUCGUAAUAGCAGUUCUAAUAAUAACGAACGUAUGAGAUAUAAGGGAUCGUUUAACAAAACUAAGAGUAACAAUAGUAGUACUAACGUUACAAAGAGAUUUGGGAACACACCACCAAAGCCUCAUCUACCUCAAGGACCAAGAAACCAGUCUUCAGCAGGUAGCAGAUAUCAAAAGUAG